UCGCCCUAAAAAUUUAAAGUUGAUGACUUCUCAGAAAAGUUUCGACCUAGAUUUCUUCUAAAAUGCUGCAAUUAGGAUCAAUGCUCUUUUUAGGGAUCACCGUUGGAGCUUUACAAGCUACCCUGGGUUUAAAAUUUAAGGAUGAUUCAAUUCUUGAACUCGGAUCUCCAUGCCUUCCUGGAACACCAUGCAUAUCUCCUGGACAAGCAUUCCACCGAAAGAAACCCCAGCGUCCUCCAAAACUUAUUUUCAAAAAAUCUAAAUCAAAGGACCUUUGUAUCAAUAAUUUCUUUUGCACUUUCCAAGAAGAAGUAAAGUCUUCUAAAAUCUUGUCCGAUUUCUUUGAUUAUUUCAACGAUCUCCCUGCCAUGGAAUUCUGCAACGGAAAAUACCCAGAAAUCCUCGAUAUUUUAACCCAGAUUAAGACUCCGAAUGCUGAAUUUGUCGCCAACGAAGCAAUUGAAGCAGUUGCAGAAAACUACGAUAAGCUGUCUUCCGAUAUAGUGAUUCAAGUCUACUCCAACUCGCUUGCCAAAUACUUAUUUACGCAAGGAGUUCUCACUCCUCAAAAUUCGGUCCAGUUAGCCAAAAAGUAUGCCAAGAAGAUGGAAGAAGCAGCCAACGGCAAUGAUUCACCAUACGUAGCUCUUAACGAAGGAUAUGUGGGUUUCAUAGACUCUUUAGGGCUAUUUACUCCAGACAAAGCUCUUCUUCUUGCACUUGAGUAUCAAAAUGAAUGGAAGAUGGCAGCCAAACCAAAGCGUGGAAUUUAAUAGCUUGCUUUCCUUAAGAUCAUGUAAUCAUUGCUUUCAAUAAACAUUAUCAUUAAACAA